CAAUUCAAACUGCGUCGAUGCGAGAAAGAUGUUGACUGGCUGGUUAACCCCGAACCUCCGAGCGUUGCUUCGUCCCAUGUCGUCACUCACCCAACACCAGUACCUGUACUAGACAUCCAUCGGCGACUUUGGUGUCGUGGCGAGAUGUGCCCAAGUCGCCUACGCAUAUGUGAAAUCACCUUGACCAAACUAUGAGCCAGAGAAUACUACUCAGAUGGGGCACGUACCCUGUCUUCCGGCAGCAGGUUCCGGCAUAGUCACGUCGCAGAUGCCCCGUAGUAUCAACUAGGCAAAGUCGGUAGUCAUUGACGUUCCUCUCGUCUCUUGGAAAAGGUUGAAGCUCCUGCCCCUGGUUAUGAUGGCUGAGAGCAGUAUGUAGUGAGGCAAACUUAUCGCGGACUCGGGCAUCGUUACACACAAAGAGCAGAAAUGGUUAUCACCCCUCCUGAAGAAGAUGCUGUGGCCGCCGAGACUCGCCAUCCCUAUCUGUCUGGUAACUUCGCGCCAAUCCAGUCGUGUCUACCCUUGACGCCAUGCUCAUACGAGGGCACGAUACCCCCCGAUCUCGCGGGAGGCCAGUACGUCCGCAACGGCGGCAAUCCCGUGACGAACGACGACCAGAGCCGAGCGGCACACUGGUUCGACGGUGAUGGCAUGCUGAGCGGAGUUCUGUUCCGCCGCGUGGGUGAGAAGAAGAUCGAUAUCCAGCCCGAGUUCGUAAAUCAGUACCUCCUGACCGACGUCUACUGCCAUGCGAAAAGUAACAAGUACCUGCGCCGACCUGUGGUGCCAAGCAUUGCGACGCUCGUAAACCCCGCCGUCAGUAUGAUUCGCAUCAUGUUCGAGGUCUUUCGCACCGUUCUUCUGGUCAUGAUCUCCCGCCUCCCAGGGUUUGGUCGUCCGAUCAAGAAGAUCAGCGUCGCAAACACUAGCGUUCUGUUCCACAACGGACGGGCGCUCGCGACUUGCGAAAGCGGUCCGCCAUUGAGAUUCGCACUGCCGAGCUUGGAGACCAUCGGCUGGUUCAACGGGAGAACGGCUGAGAACGAGCCGAUACAGAGCGACGAGAGUGGCUUUGGUGGCACAGGCGUCAAGUCCUUCAUGCGGGAGUGGACUACCGCCCACCCCAGAGUCGACCCGGUGACGAAGGAGCUUAUCACAUUCCACGCAACCUUUGUCAAGCCCUUCGUUCGCUGCUCCGUGGUGCCGCCGACAUCAAAGUCGACAAUCGGUCGCCAGCCCCUCUUCGAUGCUCCUGUUCCGGGAGUCGAAUCGCCGAAGAUGAUGCAUGAUUUUGGGGUGUCGAGGCACCACACCGUCAUCAUGGACCUGCCGCUCUCCCUGGAUACGAUGAACCUGCUCCGCGGGGUUCCCAGUUUAUCAUACGACUCGGCCGGCAAGUCGCGCUUCGGGGUUUUCCCACGUUAUAAACCGCAAGCCGUUCAAUGGUUCGAGACAAACCCGUGCACCAUUUUCCACACAGCUAACUGUUGGGACACACCGAAUCCACACACCGAAACCAACGGCUCUCGUGUGUCAGUGAACCUCGUUGCGUGUCGCCUAACAUCGGCAGCCAUGGUGUUCAGCGCCGGCAACCUACCGACGCCUGAAGUGAAGCCUGUACCUCCCGAAUACGCCGAAGAGGAGCAAUGUCGACUGUACUAUUACAACUUUCCACUAUCGGACAUUCCCGGUGUUCAAUAUAACAUCAGACAUCAGUGGGCUCUGUCGGCGAUUUCACUCGAGUUCCCAUCCGUUGCACCGGCAUACUCGAUGCAGGAAGCGCGGUACGUCUACGGAUGUUCGACGGGCGAGGCGUCUUACACUGUUGCCCUUGGGAAAGCGGCAAAGAUUGAUCACCUGGCCAAGUUCGACAUCCGAACGCUUGUCGCACGAGGUUUGGCCAACCCCCCGCAACCCGUCAAAGGAUGUGUCGACACGCGGAAUAUUACCCAGGUUCGGGACAGCAAAAACCCAGAAGACCCAAUCAAGCUCUUCCGAAUGCCCGAUGGAUGGUAUGCCCAAGAGCCACGUUUCGUACCUCGCGCAGAGUAUCGGUCGGAGGACGAUGGGUGGUUGUUGACGUAUGCGUUUAAUGAGGCCCAGCUUGACGAGAGAGGCGAAUGCCCCCGAGAUGCCGCGAGUGAGCUGUGGAUAAUCGAUGCAACGAAUAUGAAGGAAAUCGUCGCACGGGUGAAACUGCCCCAGCGUGUACCAUACGGUCUGCACGGCACCUGGUUCGGCGAGAAUGAGAUUCAGGAACAAAAGCCAUUCGAAAGGGUGAGAAGCAUGCAGCAGUGAUGUUAAUGUGCAACAUGUACGGGAUACAUAUACAGCCAGAUAUUGUUUGAGGGCAACCUGGAGAGUUGGCUUUCAUCGUUCGGAACAUAAUCAUAAUACCAAAGUCUGUUCAGUUGGGAAAUGAGAAUAGUUACUGUC